UGUUAAAAGAACAGAGAAGAAGCGCACAUCAAAACAAAACACGAAAAAAAGAAUUGCAGAAUGCGAAUAUAAAAUAAUUGCACGUAAAUUGAACAUCUUUAUUGUGUUUGCGUUGGCCAGCGCCGCAUCAACAAAAUGAAGCUAUACAAGCUGAAUACACACACGCGUGGCUGCAACAAGUCGUACGAUGCGGACCUGGUGAUGAACCUAAAGGACCAUCCCAACGCAAAUGUGGGCGAUGUGGUGGAGAUUUAUGUCCCAGAUGACGAGAACGGCACGCAUCUGCUGCUGCAAAUCACAGAGUUCAGCGGUAGCUGUGGCCGCGAUGUGAUAAGCAUCGAGUCGGGCAUUGCCAUUGCCUUUAAGUUGCGGCCCUACUCGAAUGUUGUGAUGCGGAUAGUGAAUCCGGCAGAUGUGGCCCUCGACUCCAUAGAGAUUACCUUCAAGGAUCAGUACAUGGGCCGCUCGGAGAUGUGGCGCCUCAAAACGUAUUUGACGGACACCUGUGUGUAUGUGAACAAGAAGAUUGACUACAACGACAUGCAGAUACGCUGCCAGGUGUACGAAAUGUGGUCACAGGGCGAACGCGUGGCCAGCGGCGUCAUCACCGACGACACAAAGAUAGUCUUCCGCAGCAGCACUUCCAUGGUGUACCUCUUCCUGCAGAUGUCCUCGGAAAUGUGGGACUUUGACAUCCAUGGGGAUUUGUAUUUCGAGAAGGCAGUGAAUGGCUUCCUCACCGAACUCUUCCAGAAGUGGAAAAAGCUGAGCUGCAACCACGAGGUGACCAUCGUCCUGUUCUCGCGCACCUUCUAUGCGGCCAAGAGUCUGGAUGAGUUCCCAGAGCACAUGCGCGACUGCCUGCAGCUGGACUACAAGGGUCGCUUCUACGAGGAUUUCUAUCGCGUGGCAAUUCAGAACGAACGCAACGACGACUGGUGCACGGUGUUGGGGCAGUUGCGCAAGCUCUUCACCUCCUACCAGGAGACAGUGUUGCGUUAUCACGAACGGCAGCACAUGAAGAUCCCGCCAGCCACAAACUCCACGGCCACGCAGGGCAAUUUUCUUGAGGUUCUCAACAUUUCGUUGAAUACCUUCGAAAAGCAUUACCUGGAUCGCACAUUCGAUCGUACCGGACAGCUCUCGGUGGUGAUUACACCCGGCGUGGGUGUCUUCUCGGUGGACAGGGAGCUGACAAACAUAACCAAGCAGCGCAUCAUCGACAAUGGCGUGGGCAGCGAUCUGGUUUGCGUGGGCGAGCAGCCGCUGCAUGCAGUGCCGCUGUUGAAGUUCCACAACAAGGACACCACCCUAACCUCCGCCGAUGAUUACUCCCUGCCGCACUGGAUCAAUCUGAGCUUCUAUUCCACCAACAAGAAGAUCGCAUACUCCAGUUUCAUACCACGCAUCAAGCUGCCGCUUUUUGUGUCCGAUCAAGCGCUCAACGCGGACGAGGGCGAGGAGAAUGAGAGGAAUUUCCUCAGCUGUAAGCAGUCGGAGUACAAGCACAACUCCCUUUUCGAUUAUGAUGCGUAUGAUGAGCAGAUCUUUCAGCCAUUGCCGGCACAGAGCACCUGCUCCCUACAGCGCGUGGUUAGGGCCAAAAAGACAUCGGUGCCAAGCCUGGAAACCUAUGCGUAUCGUAACAACGACUGGGAGAACCUCACGCCCACACAGAUCCCGGCCAUGCGACGCAAAAUGUCCGAUCCGGAUAUACAUCAUGGCACCUCGGCCAUGUUGGCGGCACUGCCUGAUACCACAAAUCUCUCGGAAUCCCUGGCUUCGGACAAGAACUCCCGUCGAACGAUUGUCAGCAUUGCGCCAAUAGUGCGUCCCGGACGUGCCCUAAUCAAUCCCUUUGAUCCCUCUCAAGUGACAAUCAAAUUGACUUCGAAUCGCCGCCGCUGGACGCACAUUUUCCCCAAGGGACCGACGGGUGUGCUCAUCCAGCAGCAUCAUUACCAAGCGGUGCCAGCCAAGAUCGUACCAGCGGGACAGCGUCCGCUGCAGCAGAUCCACAACAAUAGCCAGAGCAGCACCACCAAUAACAAUGAGACGGAGGAGUAUGGCUGCGAUCCGGGCGAGCAGUACGAUCAGCUAUCCACGAUCUCCAUGCUAAGCAAAUCAGUGUCCUCGCAUAGCUUUGUGAUGGGCGACGAAAAGAUCGACUUCUUUAAGAGGCGACAGAAUUCACUGCUUAAUGCAUUGCCUGCGAAUGUCCCAAAUCUGACGGCAACGCAGGCGAAAUCAUAUCUCUGGGGAGCCACAGGCGAGCAGGAGUGGACGCCAGCAAUUACCACGGUUAAUGCGAAUGCGGCGGCCACGGGCAAACAUUUGCGGCCCAUUGUCGAGAGCGAGCAUCACUUUGGAGGCGACUCCCCGCUCGGGCCGGCGGCGGCGGCGACGGUGUCGGCAACCGAGGCCGAGAUUGUUGGCAAAGGAAAAAUCAUCAUAGGCGUUGACUGGAAGUCGCUUACGAUCCCCGCCUGCCUGCCCAUAACCACGGACUACUUCCCCGACAAGCGAUCGCUGCACAACGACUACGUGAUCUCCGACUACACGCUGCUGCCGGAUGAUGUGAACCACGAGUAUGCCCAGAGCAGGGCCAUCUACCGCAAGCCGCUGUCCACCGAAGAGGUGUGCAAGGAGAUUGUCUCGCAGCGCCUGGCCCAGGGCUUCCAGUUGAUUGUCGGCGAAGAGAGGCCAUCGGUUACAUGCACCGUCGGUGGUCCAACUGCCGUACCGGCCACAUCUGCAGUGCUGCCGGUGAAGCCCAGUGAGAGCAACAAGGAGUAUCUGCUCUCCAUCGGUAGGAUCUUCCACAAGAUUUCGCUGAUCGGCUCGGUCAUCACGGUGACGGGCUACAGACCCAGGCAUCCCUAUCCGCCCAUCAAUGUGGACUAUAGGUAUCGCUUCCAUGCACCGCAGCACGAGACGUACGAGAUCUCUGGAGUGAACUUUACGACAGAGAAGCUGGAGAACUUUAACUGGAAUCACAUGGAUCUGUAUAUUUGCACGCGUGGCGAUGUGGAUUAUCCACUGAUGGAGAGUCUCAAGUACUGGCGCUAUCGCAUGUAUCUGCUGCCCCGUGAGAAUAUUGUGAACAAGAUUGCCAGCUGCCAGCGCUGUGAUAUCUUUCCGGAUGUCACCGUGGACAAUACCAGCGAGCAGGUGGAUGACUUUGUGCGGCUCAUCGAGGCGGUCAGCAAGCUGAAGCGACAGUUUGUGCGCAAGGCGAGAGACAGCCCCACCGCCCACAGUCUAACCAAGCGACGCCACAGUACGAGCAUUAUAUCCAGGCCACAGCCUAAUCAGGGACUCAUGAAUUCUCCGUUCCGGGAGCGAGUCGGUAGCAAUCGAUUGCCGGAGAAGCGACCCAGCAUAAAUGCUCGUCCGAAGCUUGACAAUGGCCGCAUAUCACGUAUAUUUCCUGCCACGGAUGCGGCCGCUGCCGCUGGACUGGCCGCCAGAGAUGAUCAGGAUGAUGGCUUCCCCGUGGACAUCCAGUUCAGUCCCAAUGCCACACUCUUGGAGAUCUUUGAGGCCAUGAAACAUCCUGUGAAUGGUGUGGGCUACUUCUCUCAAACUCAAUCGCUGCCCUCCUGCACUUUUCUGUCCUACGAUGCUUUGAUGUGGCUGAAGACACGCCUCAAUAAUGGUAGACAUCCCUUGGAACUGCUAGAAGCCAUGCGCAAGGAACGCAUGAUCUGUCAUGCUUCUGGUGACUGGACCAAGCCUGUGGUGGCUGGAUUUGUGUUUUACUAUGUUAUACAGCAGGAUAAGAAUGCCAAAGAUUAUGCCCCGCCAUUGAAUGAUUACUGUGCCUUUGUGAAUGAAUGGCUGGAGAUUGAGUUCCAGGGCUGCAGUUUCCUGUGGCACGACGAGCCAGUUAUCACACCAGUCCCCAAUUUCCUAAGGGACUCACCCGCACCGCAGUCCUGGACGGAUUAUUGCAGCAACAAGCGCGUCUAUCGCCAGUCCCACUUGGAGAUUGAUGUAAACCAGAAGAGCGAUCGCAUGGAGUGGGGACACGUGAAGCAUCACACUGUGCUGCAGCCGGGCUUUGCCUUUGAGAUUGUGGUCGAGUGGGUUACCUCCUCGGGUCCCAUUGUAUCGGAUUUGAUUGGUGGCUGGAUGCGUAAGGCAAAUCAGUUUAACUUUUUGGUAUCGGUGCCUGCGGAUCCUAUGGCCGAACCAUUUACCAAGAAAUCGGAUCCGUUGAGGGGACCCAUAUUCAUUCCACUCUGUGCUACAUUCCUGCCCAACGGAGCCGCGCUUUUCGAUGAAUUUCCGGAGGAAAGCAGAUCAGAUCGCAUGCUGUUUCUACAAGAAGCGAUCUUGGCCAAAUUUGGCUUUCUGCCCUGUGUGCUGGAGAAGAAGUAUAGCAUAGGCAAGGAUCUGCCCAAGGAAUAUCAGUAUGUUCACUGUACAGGCAACAUGUUUGCCUUGAUUCGUUGCGCCACCAACAACUAUCAGGUGGAGUCACCCACCCUGCAAGAGGCCAAUUUCACGCGCUGCGUCUAUGGCCACACGAACAACACGAAUGUGCCCAAGAAGGUGGGCUUUUUGUGGUCCUGGAACCACAUGAUACCCAACAAAAAGUGGAAGGCCCAAACGAUCAACAACUCGUCCGAUGGGGAGCUCUUUCAGCUGAAAAUGCUUAAGGAUUUCCGUGAGUUCUGCUCGAACAGUGAUCAACGGUUGGCCACCUUUUGGUCGCACUGCCAGGAGCUGAAGCGCAAGAAUCAGACAUUCGAAUUCAAUAACAACAACAAUAACAACGAUGAGAUGAAGAUAAAAUAGAUUCCUUCUUCGCAGUAUGUAUGUACACAAAGCGUAUCCUUCUUUAAAUAUGAAUGUUAAAUUUGGAAUUGUUUUGUCCGUGGAGAAGGUUUUUUGGUGGAUCUAAAAAAAGGUAUUUUAAUUAUUUCAAGCCCAGAGAAUUGAUAGAUUUUUAAUGUAGAGAUGUUAUGAAUGGUUUUCUAAACAGAAUGGAUAAAUGACUUUGACUUUUAUACGAACAUUUCAA